UUAGGUUGGAGAGAUGUCUGGUCGUGGGAAAGGAGGGAAAGGCUUAGGGAAGGGAGGAGCUAAGAGGCAUCGUAAGGUCCUUCGCGAUAACAUCCAGGGCAUCACAAAGCCCGCCAUCCGCCGCUUGGCUCGCCGUGGGGGAGUGAAGCGGAUAUCUGGGCUCAUCUACGAAGAGACUCGAGGCGUUUUAAAGGUGUUCUUGGAGAACGUUAUCCGGGAUGCGGUGACCUACACUGAGCACGCCAAGAGGAAGACGGUGACUGCCAUGGAUGUCGUUUAUGCUUUGAAACGCCAGGGUCGUACGUUGUAUGGCUUUGGUGGCUAGACGAGUUCACUUCCGCUGCUAACGAAAUAAUCCAAAGGCCCUUUCCAGGGCCGCCCACGCCGCCA